CAAACUUUUAAAAAUGCUAAGUAUUGGUGCGUGUGAUUUUAAAAUUUUGGAUUCUUAAGACAUUUAAAUGUACAAUCUACCCAACUGCUAUGGGCUGGGCUAUUUAUAACUAGUGAUUCGAAUCAAUACCGCCUAGGUAACCUGUGCUAUAAAUAGGACCGAUCUCAGGACACAGGGAUAGCCAGACUGAAAUUUGGUUUAUAAAGGUCAGUUUGUUGUGAUCCUUUAGUAUGAUGGACUGCUGCUGUGAUGGUAGAAUCGAGGACCAUGAUUUAUGCAGAGAGUACAAGAGGAUAGCCCCACCUAAAAAAUCCCGAUCAGACGUUUUCGCUCCAGAUGGGGUGGUGGUCAGAGGUGAUGUGUCAUGUGACUUGUGUGAUAUUUACGAGAAUGUGAAUCACCACUGUGUAGAAUGCAACCAAAACAUGUGCAACUGGUGCAAUCAUCUCCACCUGAGGUGUAAAGCCAGCUUCAAGCACCACCCUGUCAGCAUCCAGCUGUGGAAGAAACAGAGGGAUAGCCUCCAGUGUCCGGUUCACGAGGACUGGCAGCAAACUAUCUACUGCUGCUACUGCUGCAAGUUUGUGUGUGGGCAGUGCAGCAAGAAUCCGAACACGCCCGACGCGAGACCUUGCAAGGUCUUCAGUAGUAAGAAAGAAGAGAUACAACACAAAAUGAAUCUGUUAAAACAAGGAAAGAUAACUCUGGAAGGAAUAACUGAAGAGGAGCAUAAAAUGUUAAAUGAUUGUUUGAUGGAGGACAAAAAGAAUCAGAUCACCUUGGUGGAUCAAAUGCAGGAAAAGAUACAGGAAGAAAUUGAUGAGAGUAAACAUCUUAUUUUUGGGUACAGAGAAAGUUUGGAGAACUGGUAUACUCAAAUCUGUGAAGAUUUUGUCGCCAAGAUUAAAAAGUACAAGAAGAAAGCCGCUAACGUCCAGGGAAGGGAGCUGAUCCGACUCUACAAAUUUGCACAGAACGACAUAAACAAGCCAAGAGAGCAUGUUCCACCUAUCUAUAAUAUACCUCCCCCCAGAUUCAUUCCAGGACGCCCAGGAGUGUGGCCCAUUGAGGAGCAGUUUGGACGGCUUGAGUAUGAUGACCUUCACAUUCAGUGGAGAAAGCACAUCAUGCUGUAUAAUUUCUUGUGUACCAAUUAACAUGCUUUUAAUUAUAUAUCUCUCAUAGAAAAUGACAUGCAAGGGAAUAAGAUGCUAUGCUUAUCGAAUAGAAUUGAUCUUAGCUGGAUUAAAAAACCUGUCAUUAUACUGAGAGUGUGAUGUCAGAUCAAUAUUAUAUUGUGUUUAUUCAUGUUGCUUAUAGUGCUCAUUUACUGUACAUUUUGACCAAUAUUCAAAACCCUGAAAUUCUUCAUUAAUAUUUUUUCCACUAACUUAAUUCUUACAUGUAUUAUACAUACAACAGGAUUGGAUUUAUUUACUAGCUAAUUGUGAAUUGUUUUACAACUGUCUUGAAUUGAUUUAUUUACUAGCUAAUUGUGAAUUGUUUUACAACUGUCUUGAUUUGUGUAUAUACAAUUUAUGGCAUUGCAAGUCACACUUUAACAUCUUUUUCAAGUGUUAGUUUGAUCUCAAAUAUGGACUUACUUUGCAUCAUGAAUUUUAUUAUACUCAUAGACAUAGACAAUUCUUAUCUCACUAUGUAAAAGCUUAUGUAAAGCUUAAUUUCUCACAUUUUUAAUUGUUAAUUUAAAAAUGAUGCAUGUAUCCAAUAAUCAUGGGAAUAAAUAUUUGAGGAAUUCUA